AUGAAUGGUGCUGUCACCCACCGGAUGAAUGCGAAGGCCGCGCCCAGCCGUCACGCCCGUCCCUGUCCGCAGAGGCCGACAGCCAAGGAGCUGUUGCGGCUGCCGUUCAUCCGGAAGGCCAAGAAGACUUCGUACCUGAUCGACUUGAUUGACCGGCACAAGAAGUACAAGAUGACCAAGCAGGACGACUCAGACAGCAGCGAGGAGACCGACUCGGAGGGGUCGCGGAACGACUCCGACCUGGACGAGCCGUGGGUGCCGACCAUCCGCGGCCCGUCGUCGGGCCGCCGCCAGACCGAGCUGGACACGAGCGUCGACAACGGCGGCAAGGCCGACCGCGACAUCGACAGCAUGAACCACAACAACCGGAUACCGCCCCAGGUCAUCACGCAGCUGCAGAACGGCUCGGCGCUGCCGGACGUCUCGCCGCUGACGACACCGACGCCGCGGUCUCCGGAGAAGGAGACGCCGCCGCCGCGCAGUCCGACGCGGCCUACCACGUCGCUCCAGCGGCGACACCGGAACAGCUACCGGGCGCGCGACUCGUCCUCGCUGGCGCAACGCACUGACGCCAUCGACGAGCUGCGCAACGCCUUCGAGCUGGCCGAGCGCAGCGCGCCCGGCAUCAGCGACCAGUUCGUGCAGCAGCUGAUGGUCAAGCUGGUCCGCUAG